CACCGACGACCACCAAUUGGAUGCUCUACAGCCUUACAAGCCGUUGAAUUACAUAACUCAAUCGACAUGGCCGGUGCCUCUAAGAAGAUAUGAUACAAGAUCGAUAUUUCUCUACUGUAGAUCCUUCAUCCUUUUUCUGACCUUUAAUAGUGUCUAUUACCCGAGGAAAAGAUCCUUUUCACCACAGUAUCUCCUCCGGGGUGGAAGACUCUUGGACCGUUAAGAUGCGGUUAUCGGCCUUAUCACUAUCGACAUGCUGCUUCUGCCUCGCCGCGCUCGUCCGGCCAGGUAGUGCAUCAUUCUACGACAACCCAGAGGUCGAGGUCCGUCCCGAGACGGAAAUCCCGCUGGACGAGUUGAAGGCGAAAUGGGAUUUUGAUUGGUCCUUCUCAGGAAUCUCCACAUUCGGCCACCUCAAGCAUGUCAAAUGCCUGACCACACCCUACGAGCCGUUUGAUAUCGGCAUUCUCGGGGCGCCGUUCGACACGGCCGUCAGUUAUCGACCUGGCGCCCGUUUCGGCCCACGCGCCAUCCGCGCCGCCUCCGCCCGGCAGACCAGUUUCCGAGGCUUCAACCACCGGGCGGCCGUUAACCCGUACCAAUCCUGGGCCCAGAUCCUCGAUUGCGGCGACAUCCCCGUCACGCCCUUCGACAACGCCCUGGCACUGCACCAAAUGACGACCGCCUACACCGAGCUCAUCAGCCGCCGCCCGCUCUCGUUCUCCAACCCGCCCAGCCACACCCACCCGAAACUCAUCUCGCUAGGCGGCGACCACAGCAUCGCCUUGGCCGCCCUGCGCGCUCUCCAAAAGGUACACGGCCGGCCGAUCGCCGUCCUCCAUUUCGACGCGCACCUGGACACAUGGCACCCCGGCGCGUACCCGAGCGUGUGGUCGACGACGCCCACCCAAGCCGACUUCACGCACGGGACCAUGUUCUGGGUCGCGAGCGAGGAAGGGCUCAUCGCCAACGGGAGCUCCGUGCACGCCGGCUUGCGCACGCGCCUGUCCGGCAACGAAUGGGGAGACUACGACAACGACGAACGUCAGGGUUUUCUGCGCAUCGAGGCGGACGACAUCGACGCCGUCGGCGUGAGCGGUAUCAUCGAAUUGAUCAUGGAGCGCAUGGGCACCGAAACCCCCGUCUAUCUCAGCGUGGACAUCGACGUGAUUGACCCGGGCUUGGCCCCCGGCACUGGCACACCCGAGCCCGGUGGCUGGACGACGCGAGAACUGAUUGCGAUUCUGAGGGGCAUUGAAGGCUUGAACGUCGUGGGCGCCGAUGUGGUCGAGGUGGCCCCGGCGUAUGAUGGCAUGGGCGAGUCGACCGCCUUGGCCGGCGCGCAGGUCGCGUAUGAAAUCUUGACCAGCAUGGUCAAAAGAGGGCUGAAGGAUAGAGGCGAGGAGGUCAUUUUGACCAAGCCCGGCAGUCAGAAGAUUUUGAGUAAAGCCAAAGCAAAGGCCAAGGCGAGGAGGGAUGAGUUGUGAUUAGAAUCUCUUAGUUUGAGAGAAGAAAGGGGACAUUACUAGUUAGUCGUAACGCCGCGCAAAGCGGGACUAUACCAGGGAUGAAGGACCGAGACUACAAAAAUAGAGAAUGGAUAUCAG